UUUGCCGUGCUGCCGCGGUCGUAAUGUGUUCGAACAACUCAGAUUUCAAGAGUUCGAAUUCUAACGCGAUUUCAACAAACUCAAACGUGUUCGUGAAACCCCUCUCAACCUUGACCCUGUUCUGAUAUCCGGGUAUUUCGUGAGUGCAAGAAACGCAAUGUGAAAAGUGAAGUGUGGCGGAAAAUACGCGAGAUAUAAGAGUGGAACAAUUGUUACUUGUGUAUUGGUUCUACGUUACAGUUAUCGUUAGGAUAUAGUAAUGGUAGAAUAGAAUUUCCUUCGUCAUGGUAGAGUAAAAAUGUCUUGGUAGAAUGGAAUACUAUCACUGUCAUCUAUAUAAUAAGAGGAAGUUAUUUUGAUCAUCAUACCUGGACCGAAAAUCAAGUGACGAAGCAGUAUUUUCUCUCAUUAAUAACAAAUUUGAACUAAUUUACGAUUUUUUGAACAAAGUGAUGCCAUCGAAUUUAUAGUACCCAGUGACCAGUGACAGAAUGGAAUACCCUCGAGUGCUCAGUGAUUAUUAUUUAGUUAUUGCCAGUGAACGAUCACAGAAAUCAGUGAAAGCGCCAUGAUUUGCAGCGUGCAUUUUGUGGUGUUUGCGUGCUUUUUCGGGAGUGUGAUGCCUCAGGAGCAUAACUGGAAAGUGAUCAGUAAAACGAGGACUAUUCAGACUAGACAAGGACCAGUUGAGGGCCUAGUGACACAAUCCCCGUACAACAACAAACUACGCAACGUGGAGGUGUUCCUGGGUGUGCCGUACGCGGCGCCACCAGUCGGCAGCCACCGUUUCAUGCCUCCGGGGUCACCGCCCACCUGGAAGACCACCCGACCGGCCGACCGGUUGCCACCGGUUUGUCCGCAGCGGCUGCCCGUGCAUCAGGGUCGCCGUGUACCGGAGCGUGACCGGCAGAUGCGACGGCUGAUGCCCUACCUACGUCACGAGAACGAGGACUGUCUCUAUCUCAACAUCUAUGCGCCGGCUAGGGAUAAUCCGAUGGUUUCGAAAAAGUAUCCAGUCAUUGUGUUCAUCCAUGGUGAGUCAUUCGAAUGGAAUUCUGGAAAUCCUUAUGAUGGAUCAGUGCUUUCUAGCUUCGGAGAGGUGAUUGUUAUCACUCUAAACUUCAGGCUGGGAAUUCUUGGAUUCCUACGACCUGGAGUGAGUGAUCACACGUUGAGCAAUUUUGGUUUGCUAGAUCAGAUAGCUGCCUUGCAGUGGAUAAAAGAUAACAUAAGGGCUUUUGGGGGUGACGAAAAUAAGGUGACUCUGAUGGGUCACGACACAGGAGCAGCAUGUGUCAAUUAUCUCAUGGUUUCUCCGGUGUCACAAGGGGUCACAGGUCUGUUCCACAGAGCCAUCCUAAUGAGUGGAACAGCGUUGGCAGAUUGGGCCCUGACCAAGAACCCAAUGUCCUAUACAGUGCAGGUCGGCAAUGCCCUCAAUUGCCCCACCCAGGAGACAAGUGAGGGCAUGUCCAACUGCCUGCGUCGCAAACGGCUGUCAGAUUUGAUGGCGGUUAAAGUGGGCGUGCCCCCGUUCCAGACCCCGUUUGGCCCCCUCAUUGAUGGAACUGUGGUGCCUAACGAACCUGCGAAGCUGAUGACCACUUACAAACAUCUGUUCAGCAGAUACGAACUUCUCUACGGCAUGACAGAGAUGGAGAGUGAUCAUUUACUGGAUGGGGUAUCAUUGGUCCAAGGAAUGCUAGAGGAGGAGAAAAUGAAAAUCAUCAAGGACUUCAUUAGGGCAAAGUAUGAGGCACUUCCGAAUGUAGCCCUGGCGAAGACCAUCACGCAGUACACGAAUUUAAGAAUGGUUGGGUCCAACUCAGUGGCCGAGGAGAACCGCAACAUUGUGCUGAAUGUUUUGUCAGAUGCCCGAGUGGCAGCGCCACUGGUUCAAACUGCCAAUUACCACUCUCAAGCCAAUCGCAACUCUUAUUUCUAUGUGUUCAGGCAUAAGACUAGGAGCAACGACUUCAGGCCUGUUAAAUCAAUGUUUCUAUUACUUUCCAGCAAUCCAAACAUCCCUAAACGAGUCCCGUUCAUCGAUCAAAGGAACAGAGACUGGAGACACUUCGACUUGACCUGGCCAGAGUAUACAAUCAACAAUCAGAGUUUUCUAAGUCUUGGCAUUCCACCCAAAAUCAACCAACAGUACAAGGCGGAAUACAUGCGAUUCUGGAACGACUACCUGCCCGACCAUCUGAGGAACCUCCACAACCUGGACGACACUGAUGAAGACCUCUCCUCAAUGGGAGGCGGCUGGCCAGUGGUCAGACCUGUGGACCCUAUACCGCCCCCGGUUCCGCCACCCCACCGAGAACACCACCCAAUCAGGGGAGGUGGUUGGGACCCCUUCUACAACUUCACCCAAACCGAGUACAAGGAGCCAUCAGAUGAGCGCCAGAAAACACCAGAGAUCUCUCAGGAGGCCAAAGACGAAGAAAUCAAGGCGGCUGCUUCAUCACUGGCUCUGAGCAUUGUGAUGUUUGUGGGGGUGUGUUUUUUACUAGUAAACCUGUGCGCGUUUAUUGGGUUAUGUUACCAAGGGAUAGAUUACGGGAGGGAACGAGUCUUCAACACUCACUACAGAUGUGGGAACGGCAGUAUGACACUAGACGAGGAUGGGGAACAUUACAUGAGGGCGUCAGACAAGGAAGAAGAUGGGGGAGCAACUGCAAAAGAACUCAAGAAAACUGAGGUUAAAAGUAUACUAAAGAGUAGUGAAGGUAUCUACGAACCUGUCAAGGCUGGGAGCACGAAAACAGGUACCGGAAGUGUUACCAGAUGGGCACCAGUCAUGAAUAGACAGGAGAGCAGUAGCACCAUGACUAUGGAUCCUCAUACAAAAGUCAGGGAGUGGAUAGCGCACGAAAUCAAACGCUGUUCACCCAGGUUCCUCAGGAGAAACAAAGUGUUGAGGAAAAUGAACAGCACUGAAACAUAUGCUGAUCAACACUCCACCAACACACACAAGAUGUCCUCGUUAUCAUCGAAACCAGAGAGUACAACCAUGUCACACCAUAAAUCGAAAGCCAAAAAAGUGUCGGUAGCUAUUGAUGCGACCCCUGCAACCAGAAGUCCAAGUGUCUUGCAGCAGAUUCCAAUAGAACUGACAAAGUCACUAGAUGAGGGGAAGAGUUUGAACGGGUUGGGUGGCCUGAAAAUGUCAACAUCCCUGGGUAACCUCAAUAAACGUCCCUCGCUGCAGCGUUCUGAUGCAAUGAAUCCUGAUGACAGCGAAGUCUCCUGCCGGGAAUGCUUCAACGAUAGCGAGACAACAUCUGUUGAUAUGUUCUACCCCGGCAUCGCAAUUGUGCACUCACAUUCUAUAUCUGAUCCCUCUCCGAUUUCAGAGAGUGGUGACUCCAAGUCCAGCAUAUCACGCUUGGAUAACAUUCAUCUCGUCCCCAAGAAGAAGUGUGUAAGUGACGGCCUGUACACACCUGUUUCUAAGGAUGUGAAUGUGACGUCACGUGAUGAUGCAUGUGUGGGGACUGCAUCAACCCCACAUGAGGACACCCUCGACAAUAUUAAACGACGCAACUUCCCCAAAGUUCUCCCAGAUUUCCCCGAGAUGGACGACCACAACACAAAGGCAAACAAGAGGAGAUCACUGCCUCCUUCAUCACACCUACUCCCUCCACCACUGGAAUACAGUGCAGGUAGCAUUACAUCUGAUGGGAAGAAUCGUGGAGUUCCCCCUCCACCACCACCCAGGGUGUCUACUCUGGGAAGACGUCCAGUCAACAAUAGUCCAGUAGCUGCAAUGAAUUCCUCCCAUAUCACAGUGCAUCUCACCAGAAAAGAACCGACUAUAACUGAGGAUAAGGUUCAGGGUUUGGUGGCAGUGAAAACACCUCAGGUACCAUUGGAGAAGGGUGGGGGUAAUCAAGCAGGGAAGAAAAGUAAGAAAGAGGGAAAGGUGGGUGGUAGUAAAGAGUCGAUCAGUUCUAAGACAGAUGACCAACAGAUGAGGGUACAACAGGUUCCUGCACAACAGAAACAAAGUCAAGUGAAACGUGCAGAGCCCAAGGUGAUCAUAAAACCAUCCACCACACCCAUAACAUCCUCGAAAAAAGGACUAGGAUCGACAACAUCCUCAUCUUCCCAAAUUCCUCGGGUGACGCAUUCCCCCAUCAUCCCUCAGCCUCCGGCUGGGACUUCUUCAGGGAAGAAGAACGAACAAAAGUCAAAACCUGUGGUCGUUAUGCCGUCCAAAAGCAAUCCAAAUGAGAACCUAGGAAUGGGCAGGAAGCUGAAGAUCAAUCCGGUGAAAAGAACUGUGUCUACUGAGACUGGAACUGAUAUGACGUCCGCAAAUACAGGAACAAUCAAGAGGAUGCCAAAGAAGUGA